UUAUGCAAGUUUGUCUGGAUAAGCCCUAAUGUAACCAUAUAGUGUUUUAUAUAUUAGCUACGUGAUUGGUCAACUUUCUUAUGUUUUGUAGUAUGCAAUAAUUCACAUUCUUUUGAAUAUCUUAAUAAAGAGGCAAAUUUGGCUAUGACUUUAUAGGUUAUGUUCUCCAUUGAAUGUUGCAAAAUAUUACAGUAUCCGUAGAAUACUGAAAUAAAAUAUAUAAAUUAGUAAAACUGCAAUAAGCAAAGACGAGAUUAUAAAUUUACACAAAAAUAUGUUCAAUAGCAUAAAACAUUUACUGAGAUAUAAUCCGAGUAAAUUUGGUUAUCAAUUACUGGCAUACUUCUCAGUGGAAACGACGGUUAAGAGUAAUCCAACACAGCGAGAAUGCACACGAAAUCCUUAUCCGCAUGCGACGUGCGGACAGCCGACAUUUACAACGCAUCCUUAUUUAAUAAAACGCGGAGAGGUACUGCCAGGCAUACCGCUUCAGGAACUUAAACAAAGACGUGCUAAAUUAGUAGAACAUCUUGUGCUAGAAACACAUGAAAAAAAUAUAAAUAGGCAGCAAAUUGUUGUCAUACCGGCGUCUUCUAAGGUCUACAUGUCUGACAAGAUACCGUAUGUCUUUCGACAAAAUACAGAUUUCUUAUAUUUCUCUGGGUGUCAAGAACCAGAUAGUGUCUUGGUGCUUACAUGUAAGAAGGAUAAAUCUUUCUUUACAUUAUUUGUACGGUCGAGAGAUGAGCAUUCAGAAUUGUGGGAUGGUCCAAGAACUGAUGUUGAAACGGCAGUUGAAAUAUUCGGUACGGAUCAUGCUCUACCAGUUACAGAAUUCGAACGUUUUCUCACAUCGCUCAUACAGGAGGAUAAAAAGAGCAUCAUUUGGUAUGAUCAUUCUGAUGUUGUUCAACCAAUCUUACAUAAGAAACUGUGUCAAUUAAUCAAAUUGACGGACAAUCAAAUAUUUGCUUCCCCCAAGACUUUCUUUCAUCAAAUUCGCGUAAUCAAGAGCGCUUGUGAAAUCGAUCUGAUGCGGGAGAGCUGUCGAGUAGCCUCUGAUGCUAUUGCGAAAACGAUUCAAUUCUCCAAGCCGGGGAUGAGCGAGCACCAGCUAUUCGCUACCGUAGAUUACGAAUGUCGUAUGCGCGGAGCUGAACACUUAGCGUACCCUCCUGUCGUGGCAGCGGGCAGAAAUGCAAAUAUAAUACAUUAUAUUAACAACAAUCAAGUUAUACAAAGCGGCGAUUUGGUUUUAAUGGACGCAGGCUGCGAGUUUCACGGCUAUUCGUCCGACAUAACUCGAACGUGGCCGAUUAGUGGCAAAUUUACACCGGAACAAAAAGUCCUUUACGAAGUGGUGCUCGACGUGCAAAAGAAUUUAAUAGAGAACCUGAAAGAAAUGCCGUCGUUGGACAACGCGUUCCGUCACAUGUGCCUCAUUUUGGGAAAAAGAUUGCAAGAAAUCGGCCUGAUACCGAAGAACGUGAGCGAAGAAAAAUUGUUGGCAGCCGCGUACAUGUAUUGUCCGCAUCACGUCAGUCAUUACUUGGGCAUGGAUGUACACGACACGGGAAAAAUACCCAGAAGCAUAAGAACGCAACCUGGAAUGAUAAUAACAGUAGAACCUGGCGUCUACGUAAGUCCAAAAAAUCCGUACGCACCGUCGAACUUUCACGAAUUAGGCAUCCGUAUAGAGGACGAUGUCUUAAUCACGGAAAACGGCCCGGAAGUCUUGACGAAAAAUUGUCCCAAGGAGGUAGCGGAGAUCGAAUCUCUUGCAAGUCAAAAUCAAGACUGUUAAUAUUGGUAAUUUAAUAUAGACAAUCGUAUAUAUAAAAAAAAUAUAAGUAUGUAAUUAGUUAAUAAUUGCAAAUCUAAUUUGUAUAUAUGAACAAUUAUGAUUUCACGCUCGAUUGUGAUCUUUUCUUUUUUAUAUAAUAUUGAAUAUAUCUGGUAAAAUUAAUUUUUUUACAUUUUUCCAAAUUUAUUCUAUUCGCAAACUGUUAUCUACCUCGUAGGCGUAAUUCUAGAGCUGUGCUUUGCGCGACAUAGGCAAUUUUAUACACCAAUGUAUAUAUCUAUAUAUGUAUGUGGAAUUCGCAGUUCUUUGUUUUGUUUUAGACAUAAGAUUUUACUGCAAAAUUGCAUUUUUUUAAUUCAAAUUUGUAUAAACAAUUUCACAUUAUUCGAAAGUUUGUUCCAGUGGAAGCAGAUAAAUAUUACAUAUUUGGACCCAAUAAAGCAUUGCCAAAAUUAA